GGGCCGGUCACGUGUCCCCGCCCCUCCAGCCGUGGGCUUCGCUCUGCAUCAUGGCGGCGCCGCCGUUGGCCGUUUACCUCUGGAUGUGCGGCGCGGCGGUGACCGCCUCGGCCCAGACGGCAUUCCCCCCCCACCGCACCGAGCUGCUGAGCAUGCGGCCGGACCACACGUCGGCCAAAAAGGUUUACCUGGAGGACGGGAUGCUGACGGUGGCCGAGGGCACCCGCUUCAAGCUGCUCCUCUACGGCAGCGGCCUGCGGCUCAGCGGGUUGCUGGGCGACCAUGGUCACGGCCUCGCCUUCGUCGAGACGAUUGGCGGCCAGGUCGGUCGCCAGGGUGACCACCAGCCGGGUCGCCAGGGCGACCGGAACGCCCGCUCGAACUGUCCGCAGGACUCGUCGGACGUCAUCGUGCUGGGCCUGGCGGUGGACGAGCGCACGGCUGAGGUGGAAGUAGAGGUCCGCAGCUUCAGGAAGGGAGACACGGUCAAACACUACACCCUUUGCGCCCGAGUGGGAGGCCCCGCCGCCCAGGACUGGGUGCGCUUCGGCCGCCGCGACUUCCACCUGGUGCUGGUGGAGAAAGAGAAGACGACCAGCCUCAAGCUCAAGAUCAUGGUCGCCGUGCUCUUCGUCGGCCUCUCCACCCUCUUCAGCAUCCUCAACGUCAGUCUGAUGGCCCUGGAUCCGGUGGAGCUGCGGGUCAUCAAGAACAGUGGCACGGAGGAGGAGAAGAAAUAUUCGGAGCACAUCGAGUCGGUGCGCAAACAUGGGAAUUACUUGCUGUGCACGCUGAUGCUGGGAGAUGUGCUAAUGAACUGCUCCCUGGUCGUGUGGCUCUGCCAGAUCAUACAGGUCACCUGGCUGACUAUCUUGGUCUGCACUGGAUGCAUCUUUUUCUUUGGCGAGAUCAUCCCUUACGCCGUCUGCUCCAGACACGGCUUGGCACUGGCCUCCAGCACCAUCUGGGUGACUAAAUUCUUCAUGGUAAUCACAUUCCCGGCCUCCUAUCCCCUCAGCAAACUCUUGGAUCUGGUAUUGCGCCAGGAGAUAACUAAUUUCUACACUCGGGAAAAGCUGAUCGAAAUGCUCAAGGUGACCGAUCCUUACGACGGCCUGGUUAGAGAGGAGCUCAACAUGAUCGAAGGAGCUCUUGAGCUCAGGAGCAAAACGGUGGAGGACGUGAUGACACCUCUGCGGGACUGCUUCAUGUUGAGCUCUGAUGCUAUCUUGGACUUCGCCACCAUGUCCGAAAUCAUGCAGAGUGGAUACACGAGGAUUCCUGUCUAUGAGGGCGAGCGCUCAAACAUAGUUGAUAUACUUUUCGUGAAAGACCUGGCAUUUGUGGAUCCAGAUGACGGAAUGUCUUUAGAUAUUAUGACCAAGUUUUAUAGCCACCCUCUGCAUUUCGUAUUUGAUGAUGCAAGACUGGCUGGGGUUCUGGAAGACUUUAAAAAAGGUAAAUCUCAUCUGGCAAUUGUACAGAAAGUCAACAAUGAGGGAAUAGGCGAUCCUUUCUAUGAAGUGCUGGGUAUUGUCACAUUGGAAGAUAUAAUUGAAGAACUAAUAAAAUCAGAGAUCCUGGAUGAAACAGACAUAUACACUGACAAUAAGACAAAGAAUAUAGCAUACAGAGAACGAAGACCACGUGACUUUUCGCUAUUUAAAGCCUCUGACACAGACAUGAGAGCCAAGAUGACCCCUCAGCUUUUAUUUGCUACUCAUCGAUUUUUAGCAACAGAGUUGGAACCCUUCAAAAGUACACAUGUAUCAGAAAAGAUUCUGCUAAAACUUCUCAAGCAGCCUCACGUCAUCUGCGUAUUUAAGAUUGAUAAGAAAAGCCAAUCAACCGACCUGUAUCUCUACCAACGGAACAAACCUGUUGACUACUUUAUACUUAUCCUAGAGGGAAAGGUGGAAGUUGAAAUAAGCAAAGAAGCCUUAAAAUUUGAAAAUGGAGCUUUCACCUAUUAUGGAGUCCCUGCACUUACAGGUGCAAUUUCUACAGUCGCCAGAACACCAGAACGCAGUGACUACAGAAUACAAAAGUCAGAAUCACUAUAUCCUUCAGAUCGAGUUGAAUUUGGGGGCAACACCCACCAACUAAACCUGACUAACCAAACCUAUCUUCCAGACUACUCUGUGCGACCAUUAACUGACCUCCAGUUUGUGAAGAUCACAGGGAUGCAGUAUGCCAAUGCAGUAUUAGCCACCCAAAUGGACAACUCACCCCAGACCCCUGAACUGGAAGUCGUGAUAGAAAUAACAACGAAGAACGUGCCAAAGAAAAACGUAACAAGUUCACUGCAAGCGAAGAGCGUGAUUCGCAGCAAAUCGGACGGAAUAAGCCUAAGUGGUCCAUUUUUCUUGGGACUAAAACCACUGAAUAACUCUGAUACAACUGGACUGAAGAUUGAACAAUCUGGUGAAAACAUCAGCGCAAACGUUGAUCCUGGGGUCAAUAGUCCCGAGAGGAAAGAAGGCACUCCGCUGAGCAGUGGUUCAGAAGAGACACUUGGCAAAAAACUUCUGAGGAAACUAAGCAGCAAAAAGAGGAAGAAAUCCAGAGACAGUGAGAAGAGCCCAGAGGAGAACUUAAAUGCACCUCGGCCAAAGAUCUGACAGUCACCUCCGUCGGUGUUGCAAGAUCAAAGCAAAAAAGCAACACGCCUACUGGAGGAAGAAUCCCCUGCUGCCGACGAACAUUUCCUGGCACCAAAACCCAGACUACAGACCGCGAUCGUCUGACUCUGGUGCACAAGGAGAAAGUAAUGUCAACUGGGCAAAGUAUCAUCGAGCACUUUCCUUCAAUUGAUCACCAUUUCAAUUGACGAUUUUUAUUUAAACUUUUUUUACUGCUUUUGCUUCAUUUUAGUCACCUCCCAAAACCGGACUGACUUGAACUUUGAAUCAGGUGAUUUUUAGCAUCUUAUGAGGGACUGUACAAAAACGUUAUUUUUCUUUUAUUUUUGAGCGGUGAUAUUGAAAACAUCUCCUCCCUCUGCGUCAGAAGUGAAACAACUCUCUGCUAUCACCUGCUAAUUGAACUUUGCUUUUCCAGUUCACAAGAUAAUGUUGACCUUUUGACUUGACUUUGUCUUGCAACAUCUUAGUGGAGGGGAACUGAGUUCUUCUCGCUGCAAAGAUUUCAGCAGCUGUAAAAGGAGCAGGACCAUUUCCUAGUGAAUUUUUAAAUAUCUUCUAAAGGAAUGCUUCACUAGAUUCAAUAGAAGUAGUUUGUAUGGGAGACUUAACCUGCCGUAUUUACCCUGUCCCUUCCAUGGCAAGAGGAAGAAGUUUUGUCCCACUUGUAUCAUCACCCUGCUUAAUAUAUACAAAGCAUGUUACAGCACAGAUCACUGCAAGGUGAGUAUCGAGCUCAUAAAAUGUAUUACCUCAGGUAAAUAUUUUUUAUUAUUAUCAUUUCAAAGGUAGAAAUUUAUAGUUAGGAAAGUUGUUUUUUUGGUGAAUAUAUAAUGUCACCUGAACUGCAGUCUUGGAUUUGUGACUUUAAUAAGUCUGUUGAUCUCCCUUUGAAAUAUCUAAGACAAGGCUAUUGUCAAUAACCAAUCCCAAGGGUGUAGAAAUAGUAGAUGGAGUUUAAUCCGAGCAAGUGUGAGGUGGUGCACUUUGGGAGGUUGAAUGUAACGAGAAAGUAUACACUUAAUGGCAAGUCCUUUAACAGCAUUGAUGUGCAGAGAGAUCUUGGAGUCCAAGUUCAUAGCUCACUGAAAGUGGCAGCACAAGUAGAUACUUGUAGGUUUGUAAUAAUUUGAUUGUACAUUUUGUUUGGAUUUUAGAAAGUGGUUUCUCAAUUUUGAAUGUAUUCAAAAGUUCAUAAAUCAUAGGAGCAGAAUUAGGUCAUUUGCCCCAUCGAGUCUGCUCUCCCAUUCAAUCGUGGCUGAUCUAUC